GUGCCGUCCCCAGGACCGGCUGAGCCGCUGCUCGCUGCAGUGCUCGGACCAGGCCAAGGACGCUCUGGACUCGGGGGGCUCGGAGCCGCGCGUGCGGGGCCAGCUGGACGCCUGCCUGGCCACCUGCGGGGACCAGCACCUGCGCCUCGUGCCCGCCAUGGCCAAGAAGAUGCGGGAGGGGCUGGCCAACAUCCAGCAGUGACGCCGGGGACGCCCCCGGGACACCCCCCCGGGGACGCCCCCCACGAACUCAUUAAAGGCCAGGUGGCACCUCCCACCAA